UCAACUCGGUGCUGGAGCUCACCCAUAGAGAGCUCAGGCGGAUGGGGCAAUCCAGCCGCACAAAGGCGCACUUUUCUCCAGACGGCCGCGAUUCCUCCAGGCACCUUCCUCCCCCGCCUUCAAAGCCCAUCGCCGGCUCCAACCGCUUUCGCCUGCCUGCCUCUCUCCCUCUCCCUCCUCCUCUGCUGACUCAGUCAAAGGGACAAACUCAAAGGGCAACCCACUGGCGAGGCAGGCGCAGCUUCCCCGGCUCUCGGAGGAUGUGGACCCGAGGGGAGGCUUCUUCUGCCGCCCUGGAGAGCCCUCCGUGAGCCCCUCGGGAAGGGAAGGGAAGGGAAGGGAAAGGAAGGGGCCAGGCCAGCCCAGCAGGCUCGCCUCUCCGUCCCAGAAACAAAGCCGCCCGAAGAAGUUGCCCCUCUGCUUCCCCUGCCGGGAGCGGAAGUCACCAUGACAGCCAUCGCCGUGCAGGCCCAGUGGCUACGUGCUCAUGGAAGGCCGAAGAAGUUGUUUUUUGAGACUUUUAUCCGGAGCCUCAUUAUCCUCUGCGUUGCAAUAUCCGUUGUCCUGUCUUCCAUCGCUGUGUGCGACGGCCACUGGCUUUUUGCCAAAGGAAAGCUCUUUGGAUUGUGGCACUUCUGUACCAUCAGCAACAACAGCGCCCUCAAAUGCGACACCAACUUGACUUUGGCCAACGUCAGAGGACUGAACAUCGGAAUGACUCUUGCAAGAAGUAUGGUGUCUUUUGCUGUUGUGGUGGCCAUCUUUGGCCUGGAACUUCUCAUGGUCUCGCAAGUCUGUGAAGACAUCAACUCAAGAAGAAAAUGGUCAAUGGGAUCGGUCCUCAUUCUUGCCUCUUUUCUGUUCUCAUCAGCUGGGGUGCUGAGCUUCUUAAUCCUUCUGAGGGACUACAUCUCCUUCACAAGCUUUACACUGACCUUCUGGUGUGAGUUUAUUGCUGCCUUCCUUUUCUUCCUUAAUGGAAUCAGUGGACUUCACCUUAAUCACCUAACCUUCCCAUGGAGCAGAUUGAGAAAAAUUAACAAUGAUGACCAACAGUUCUGCUAAAUAAUUGCAGUCUAUCAGCAUUUUUUUUAAAAAAACUCCUAAUAGGAGGAAAAAUGAUUUGCAAAAGCUACAUUCAGAGGAUAUCCUUAGGACCAGUCAAUAUCUUUAGGACCAGUAGAGGACAACUACUGAAAGUUGGAUGUUACAGCCUCCUAGAAUUAAAAAAAAUGUAAUCCUUUGUUGUGAAAGAGUAGCAACCAACAACUAAUUAAAUAAUGUCUCAUAAAUAUAGAGAUCCCAAUGCAGCAAAGUCUCAUGGAAACCAAGGAAUCAAAUCUACACGUUUAAGAAAUGUAACAAAUCCCAGUACUUUCAAGUGAAUUUAAUCAUAACUAGCUUUGUCUGAACUAUUGAGCUGGCCAACUUCAGUAUUCAAGUGGGAUGGGAGACACUAUUUGUAAUUUUACUUUUUUGUCUUAAAUUUCUAUAAUCUGAAUUUUGAUCUACCAAGUUAACAUUGAUUCAGUGAAUCUACUCUAAUUGGGCCUGGAAAUUGGAUUUAGACCCAUUAUUGGGUUUUUGUACUGCAACAGUUAAAACAGAUAUCCACACUUCACAGAAUGUUGGACAAAGCCAAUUAGAGCUUACAUUCCAAAUAAAUAAUUUCAGUUUAAGGAUCAAAGUCCAUGGUAGGUCUUUGAUCCUUAUUCUUUCUUCAUGAGAAUAUAUGAGUUAUUUAUAUAAAAUGCAAGCAUUUUUAUCAGACUAGUUGUGUGCUAUGGAAAGUAUUUCUUUCAAACUGUGCCUAUAAGUCUAUUUUCUAUCAGAGUGGAAAUCAUGUGUCCCUCUAUUUGCUGUGAUGGCUAGGACUGUUCAGAAUUGCAAUUCAACAACAUCUGGAAGGCCACAUAAUUUCCACAUGUUUUAUAUAGUGACUUUAGUUCCAACUAACAUGGAUAUCACUGCUUAUCUCUUCCUGUGCCCAUUGCCAUCAAACACUCCUUUAAACACAUUUAACCCUUGGCUUUCCAUAUCCCAUAGAUUUUUUCCUACUGUAGUCAAUGAUAAAAAAUGGCGAGAGUUGUCAAUAAGAAUAUUUGGAGAGUCAAGGUUUUCUAUUCUGGUUUAGACCUUCUUUCCUUGAUAUUUAUUUCUAGCCCUUUCCAAUCUCUGCCCAGAUCCUUAUUCCACUUGAAAGCUUUUCUGUUUUUCUAGUAAAAGUACAUUGUGAUGGUGGUAGUGACUAAAGCAAAAGGGAUCACUUCCAUUGAGAAUGCACAUGGAUUGAGCUGGCUUGGACCAUGAUAAAGCCACAUGAUUUUUAACUGCAGUGAAAACAUAUUGGGACAGUGACUUCACUCUUAAUACGAAACAGAGUGUUUGCAUUCUGAAAUAAUACCAACAGUAUUUGCUUAUGUAAUCACUAUUUGAUUCUGUAUAUGAAAUGUUAAAAGGAAUUUUCUUUGUACUUCCACCUUUGUUUUCAUGACAUUCAAACCUCCUUGGUUUUGGAAAGCAACUCUUAAAAUCAAAAUACUUUAUGCAGAAAUCCCGAUUUCAUUAAUCCCCUACAUCAGGCAUGGGCAAACUUGGGCCAUCCAGGUGUUUUGGACUUCAACUCCCACAAUUCCUAACAGCUGGCUAUUAGUAAUUGUGGGAGAUGAAGUCCAAAACACCUGGACAGCCCAAGUUUGCCCAUGCCUGACCUACAUGCUUUUACCUUUUUCUGUUAUCUGACUUCAUAUUGUGUUUGAUUUACAAAACAAAAAUCAUAAACCAACCAGUUCUGUUAUAAGCAAACACUUACCAGGAAGAGAUUAUGGUGAUGACAAUGACGGUUUCAAAAAUGUGAUUCUUGGUCCUCUGAUUCUGUGGCAAUGGUAGGUCCAAACAACUGAAAUGAUGACCAAGAAAGCCUAGCAGCAACAAAGGACAUGUCUACACUGUAAAAUUAAUGCAGUUUGAUGCGCACCUUAACUGCCAUGACUCCAUGCUAUGGAAUCAUGGGAGUUGUAGUUUGAUAAGGCACCAACAGUCUUUGGCAGAGAAGGAUAAAGACCCUGUCAAACUGCAACUCACACGAUUCUAUAGCACUGAACCAUGGCAGUUAAAGUGGUGCCAAGCUACAUUAAUUCUUCACUGUGCAUGCACCUUAAAUCCCUUAACUGCUGAGAUGCAAACUAUCAACACAGACUGAAUUCUUCAAAAGAGAGCUUUCCUUUUGGAUUAUAACGGUGGAGGAAGGAACUUGAGACUUCAAAGUGGCAUUGCUUUAUUUGUGCAGUCCUGACAGGACAGGAUGUAGAUUGUAGAUUAAUGUGCUAAAAUAUAUAUUUCUGUCUUAUCAAAAACACAGGAAGUUAAGUCCCUGUUUUCUGUCUCAGAAGGCAUCCCUUAAAGCUGAAAAUAUUCAUUGUUGUUGUUCUUUAAAAAAUAACACUAGGACUUGAGUACUGUUGGACAGUUAUGAAUGUGUAACAUGCUUGUUACUGUUUUCUGUUCACAAUCCCUGAAUAGUCUCUAGUUUAGGGGAUACAUACAUGUAAACGUUCACCAGUCCUCAUUUACUGGGCAGCAGAUGCCGCAAUCGACAAGUGUCUGUUUUCAUGUCACCUGAGAAACAAUUGCCUGACAACCCACACCUCAACAGAAGUGAAGUCAGGGGCAUGGAGGAACUGCAGGAGGCAUCCCACUUCUGCUUGCCACCACAGAGCUCACUCACUGGAAGGGGUGCGGCCGCCAAUAUAUCUGUGUCCUGAUUGACAGCAAGACAGACCCCUGCUGCUGAGUGAGAGUCACUGUAUAGCAGCAUAACUACAGUGCUUAGUUCUAAGUUCUCAAAAGGAUUCCGACCUAGGAUCAUCAGGAUUGUUUUUAAAUUCAUUCAGAGGCACAUUUAAGAAAUACUGGGAGAUAACCUCUGAUCCAGAAUUCCUAAUUCAUCCAAAAUUGUCCAAAAGUUUGGCUGAGAUAGUGACACCUUUGCUUUCUGACGGUUCAAUAUACACAAACUUGUUUCGUGCUCAAAAUUAUUUAAAAUGCUGUACAAAAUUUCCUUUAGGCUGUGUGUAUAAGGUGUAUACAAAAUAUCAGUGAAUUUUGUAUUUAGAUUUGAGACGCCCGAAUGUGUUACCAUCCUGCUGUGAGGCUCCUCUCAUGUCCUUGAAAGCUAGAGCUAACAGAUGAGAGGUCUGUUAGCGACCUAACCUUCAGGUUAGCAGUUCAGCCGGCACAAGGGUUUAACCCAAUGCACCAUUGUGGCUCCUAACUGAUGGCUGAUAGCCAAGCUGACUUGGCCUUCUAGGAGCUGAAGUCCAAAAUACUUGAACAACCAAAGUUGGAAACCAGUACCCUAAAUUAUCACUAUUUCCUAUACAGAGCCACUUGUGGAUAUUCUAGAAUAGGGAUGGGUAAAAUAUACCCCAAGGAUUGCCUAUGGCCCACCACAGUCUGUAAUAUAUCAUCCGAAUCCCUUCAACCCAAAAUCAAAUAAAACAAUUCAAAGCAAAAAAUGGCUAAUCAUGCCAGCAUUUGGUCCUUUAAAGGCCAUUUUGCAACCACAGACUUAACUGAUGAAAAGCUCUUGUUAAAUCAGAAGUGACUGGAAGAGGCCUCUAGUAGUGAUGACUCCCAGUUCUUAGGUCACUGACCUUCCCAAAUAAGCCACUUACAGUAUGCAUAAGUGUGUAUGUGUAUUUCCUUAUAUUCAUACACAUGCAUACCAACAUACAUAGAUACAGCUCUUUCUCAUUAGUUCCAUGAGAUACUGGUGAUUUCCUUCAAACAUAUGUAGUAUUUUCCCCAUUUUCCUAGCAUGAGCUAAUCUUGUUUUUGUGCAGAGUUUUAGCAUCAGUUCAAAAGGCUGAAGACCCCUCUCCCAUGAGCUAAAUGAAUACUUGUCAUUCAGACACGUCCAAAAGGAGGACACUGUGGUAAAGUAUUCCCAAAUGCAUACAUUUGAUGUGGGCUGUUUAUCACACUAUUUCCAUUGAACAGAGGGGUUUCAAAUUUAUCCCACAGAGGUUCAAAUGCAUUAGAGAUGCAUUUUGAGCUGUCAAGUUGAAACAGCCCUAAAUGGCAUUCUGUAGCGGACUCCUUUGUGAACGUAUGAUUCAGUUCCCAUUAAAAGCCAUUUUGUCAGAAAAUUCUUGACAGAUGAGAGCACAGGCCCAGAAGUGCAUGUGGCCUUUGCCUCCAAUAAAUGUUGUUUUUAUUAUGUGAGUUUGAUUAUGUAGCUUUUUCUAAACUGUAACCAUUUUCUACAAAAGUAAAUGAAAGUGAGAUAAAAUUGAGGACUCGAAUGUCAAAUGUUCAAUAAACUACUUUUUGAAUUGA